AAGAGUUUACCGAGGUUUGAACGAAGGGCCUUCCCCCGUAUGUGCUUUCGCUCUGCGUAACUACGGAUGGUUUGUAAAUGGAGCCUAAGAAAUUUUCCACCACACACCUCACGGAUUUUGCGAAGAAACUGGAUUUUAUAAACUGAGUCGCCAUUUCAAGUCGGCAGAAUGCCGGAUAAGGACACUGAUUUGCCUAGGAAUCUAGGGACAUUAUAGCCAAUAAAAUUGGCUUAUUCGGAAUUACAUGAUCGGACUGUUUUCUUGAUCAAGUUGGGUCUUUGUGGAUGAUGGAUGGCCGUGACUUCGGACCCCACAGAUCUGUGCACGUACCGCCGCCUCUGCUCUCGGGCUUGGCCAUGGAGUCGCACCGACUCGGCGCGGCCGCUGCGGCGGGUAGAAUACCACCGUCUCCCGGUCAUCUGGGCGCGGGUCACCCGGCGGCUCUACACACUGGAAAAUUUUUAUCUUCGGCCAUGAAUCUACAUUCUCACCACAGUGAUGCCUUUCCAGGUGCCUCAAGCCCAUUCCUUAGCGGAUACGUCAGCGCCUCUAAUGCUCACGGAGGCCCCAACCCUCUCUCUUCUGAUCCAGCCUUUCGAACCCCCAACCCAGCCAGCCUGCAAAUGGCCCAGCUCUGGGCCUCCCACCCUCACGAAGGUUUCACUCACUUGCCAAGCAGUCUGUACACCAGCCCUUACAUUCCCUUGGGUCACCUUGAUCAUCCACAGCUCAGCCAACAUGCACACUUUGAGUCCCAAAAAGAGGGGUUUUACCUGCCAGGUUCACUGCACUCCCAGUCUGCAAUGGCUAGGAGCCCGGUGGCUCACAUGCCUGGCUCUCUCUCCAGGGAGAAGGAGGCCCUAUCUUCUCACAAAAGCUCUAAAGAUUCAAGCAGGGAGCUGGGAAAAGACAAGCCCUGUAAAAGUGACCUAGGCCACUCGUUCUCGAGGAAGGAACGCGAGAGGCCAAAAGAGGAAUCACGGCCCCACAGCGUGGUGGACCUCACUCAGGAUGUCAAGGCGGAAGAUGAACGCAGAUCCGGCAACUCUGAGAGGCACCUGAAGACUGCAGAGCAUACUCGGCCUUUCUUUCACCAGCACUCGCCUGCACUGAGCACCAUUGACACUAAACCCAAACAGUCUCAUCAGAGCUUCUCCAGCACUCCAGCCCGACACCCGAGUGUUGAACAAGAGAGGAGGGACAGAGACCGAGAUGAUGACAACAGCCGACCAGGGGGCCACCUUUCCACCGAAAAGCAGAAAAGAUGCGAUUCAGCCGCUACGUCAGCUGGCAAUCUGCAUGUGUCAUACGCCAGUCCUACUACCCUGCAGCCCAACCCAUCCCAUCUCCCGCCCAGGCUGGUGUCCUCUGGCACCUACCCUCCCCCUCACCACAUGCCACCCAGCAUGUACCCGCUCUACUCUACGGCUAAAGAGCCAGGUAAAGAACACAGAGUGAUAGCUCCUACUUAUGUGCCUUCUGUCGAGGUUUACGAAGAGCGAAAAGGGCCAAUUCAAAUUGCCUCCCAAGCUCGAGAUAAUAAAAAUGACAAAAGCAAGGAGAGAGACUCGUACAGAUCUGCCCUGCAGGUGGGGAAUGAGAGAACACAUAUGGACCAUAGUCGGUCCAACAUCAGGAGCGAGUUGCCCCCUCACGGGGACUUCAAGAGAGACGUUUUACGAGAAGAAGGCUCCGUAAUAAGGUCAAACGGUUUGGCCACGAAAAAGCCCUUGAAUCUGGAAGUGUGCGCGAGUAAAGCUGGAAACAGCCCAGAUGCCAGGGACUCGACCAACACUACAUCAAAACACACGAUCAGAACGGGAAUUGAGGCUGAAUCCCGCAGCCAAGACCGAGACAGGGUUCAAAGGUCUGCCCAUCCAUUCUCAGGAAUGGAUCCAGGCUCACUUCACCCAGAGCAACAUUCACUGAACGGCUUGGGUUCUGCUGAGCCCAAAUGGAAAUCUUUUGAGAUGGGAAACUACGCUACUAGUCACAUGGCCGCAUUGGCAGCCCAACAUGCCCAUGACCCCAGAGGCGAGGAAGAUUGCAAGCGGAUGAACACUACAGGCUUACAUAGACCGGCGGGCAGCGGUGGAAGUCCCAAGGGCCACGGGGAAGUGUCAGCCAUGCAGAGCCUCAUAAAAUACAGCGGCAACUUCUCCAGCGACUCUGGAUCCAGGCACGGUUCGGAUAGCUGCAAUCCGUUUGGAGGUCUGGGCAGCAUGAAACCGGAGGCUAGUUAUCCCGGAGUGUCUAGAAUUCAGCAUCUUCCACCCCAGCAGUCUGGAAAGCAGCUAAAGAGGGAACCAGAGAGACCAGAGAGUGCCAAAUCUUUUGGCAGAGAUGGAAGCUCAUCUCAAGGGGAUGGAGAGGUUCGUCAUCCUCCAGUUGGCAUCGCUGUUGCGGUUGCACGUCAGAAGGACAACAGCAGCAAGUCCAGGUCGAUAUCGGACAGGGACAGGCCACUUCUUGUGGGAACAAUCAAAGGCCCAAUCCACGCAGAAGAGGAGCAGGGAGACGAGAGAGCACGGCACCGGGACGAGCGUCUUCUCGUGGGACGUCUGGAGCGAGAGCAGGAUAAAGUGUUACGGGACACUAAAGAAGACUACACUCGGUUGCAUCCACCUAUGGUGUCUGCUAGUGGACUGAACCCCAAUCUGAUGGUGACCGGAGGACCGACGUUGGCUGGUGCGGGCCGCUGGCCUGCUGACCCCGCCUCCCACCUGGCCUCUCACCACUGGCUGCCCCGCCCUGGAGCCCCAUCCAUGUGGCUGUCUGGCUCUCCAUAUGGACUGGGUCCGUCCUCUCUCCAUCAGGCUGUGCCUCCAGGAUAUCCUUCAGCUCUGACAGGCUCCAUCCCCCCACCUUACCAGUUUGCUCGAGACCCGCAAACCGGACAGCUGGUUGUUAUUUCGACAGAGCAUCUGCCGCACUAUGCGGAGAUGUUGGAGCGAGGACCCCCGCUGUGGUCGGCCGUGUACCCGCAGGCAGGAAGCUCUCUGCAGCACGCCCAUCAGCUGCAGCUCCUCUCCCACCAGCAGCUCCUGCGCCAACAGGAACUCUACAUGAUCCAGCACCAGACCGCACAGGUCAUAGAGCUGCAGAGGAACGCACAGCUAGUGGAGAGAUUAAAUGCAAGUCAACCAAGGACCGAUUUGGAGGAAAAGCCUGACAAGAGAACAACCGAGGGAACCAAAGCCAGUCUCUCAGUCAUCCCUGCUCCGCCCCUGCAUUCACGCAAACCACCCCCACGCUCCCCGACCCCCUCCACCUCGUACAGCAAAGCCCUGACGCCGCUGCCCAUCGCCCCCCUGCCUUCACCCGUCUCCGGGAUGAAAUCCGAGGACAGACCCAAGGUGGAGAAGACUCUUCCUCAGCAGCCCUACUCUCACCCGUCAUCUCCUGUCCCGCACCCGGUCCGCCCCGCUUCAGUGACAGCCCCUACUGCCUCCCUCAUCCGACCCAAAGAAGAGUCUGUGGAAGUGUCUGAGAAAGAAUCACUCAGUUUACAGAAACAACCUUCUGCUCCCUUCCCAUCCAUGUACCCUGAAAUUCCACCUGGCUACCCGUACCAAUCGAUAACAGCCCCGUUCGGCAGCCACUACCCCUACCUCCUCCAGCCGGCUGCUGCCGCAGACACCGAUGGCCUUGCGCCCGACGUGCCCUUGUCGGCGGAGACCUCAGAGCACUUGCCGACCGUCCCGGAUGUCAAACCACGUUACUUGCGUUCUCCAGUGGUCGUGGAGCCACUUCAGGUGUCUAUAGAGCCAGAGCCUAUUGAAGAGGAAAGCACUGUGUUCAAAAGAGAGCCAAGCGUAGAGGAUGAAAAUGUCCUGAGCCAAAACAGCUCAAGACUUCUUCAUUCUGCCUUUGGUUCUUCUCCCACCACACAGGACUCUACACAGGCUGAGGCGCAUCCCACAGUCACGCCACCACCUCGGGAUGAACAAGAACAGGACAGCAGGGAGGUCAUCCAAAUCGAAACAGUCUCCUCAAGCCAUCCACGACUGUACGACUCACCCAGGCUAGAAUCUGAAAGAAACUCCAAAGCAGAAGCUGCCGAGGACUCGACUGGUCUUGAUUCCUCAUUGACUUACACUGACAGAACCUCUGUAGUUUGUGACGUACAACCAGCAAACCCGCCCCUAGAUCACUCCGACAGACAGAGCCCGAUAGACCUCAGAGAACCCGAUGCUCCACAUCUAGAGUCCAAACAUGAUAAUCUCUUUCUCCCUAAUACCAGCCCUCCUCAUCUCCAGCCUGCACCGGUGGCCAUCCUGCCCGAAGACCCCAUGGCAGGCUUGAUCGCCUUGGUCACGGCCAGCGAGCUUCCGCAGGCUGGAGCCGUGUCCGUCGCAGCAGAGGUGUCCAGCUAUGGGUCCGAGCUCUGCCCUGGCGUCAGUCUGCUAGAGUCCACUGCUUUGGAGGGCAUGGCACUGCUCAGCCAGAUGGCAGAGCUGGAGAUGCAAAGGCAACCCAGAGAAGACGCGCAGGGCGUAAUGCUCUGUGGACUGGAGAGUCUGCUGGAAGCUGGCAGGCAGAUCCUUCUGGAGGCCAUCGAGUGUCAACCUGAGGUUAUCAUCUGCCUCCCCCGAGAGCUCAACCCUAACAAGAAAUACAGCUGGAGGCAGAAGAAAGAUGAACCUAUGUUCUCCAAAUCCUCUUUGGAAGGAAUGGAUGCAGCAGAAGUGGUGUUCCGUGUGAUGCUUGCCGAGCUGCAGCAGCGCUACAAAGAGAAGCAAAGAGAGCUUGUCAAACUGCAGAGACGGCGAGACAAAGAAGAGAAACGUCAGCAACAACAGAUCCAGCAGCAGGAGAGGAACACAAGUUUAGCCCGCAGGGGCCCGGGACGUCCCCGAAAAAGGAAACAUGGCAUGUGUGCACUGUCUCCGCCCUCCGGCAAGCUGGAUUCGAAGUGUGCAAAGUUGUGCAAAAGUGUGCUUUACUCUGAGGACUCGGAGAGCGGAGAGGUGCUGAGGAAGCGCUUUCGGGCCUCUAACAGAGAUGAGGAGGAGGAAAGCAGCGGCGUGAGAUUGAAGAAGAAAAAAAAGAGCUGGAGCGAGCAGGAGGCGUUUUUGAGCUACUCUCGCGAGACUCCAAAAAUGGGCAUGAAGAAGAGCCGACUGAGCGAGCAGGAGCAGUUGGCAUCCAAACUUGACAAGGCAUUGUCCCUCACAAAGAUUGGUAAACUCAGCAAGCCCUCUUGUAAGAUCAUAGACGGUUCCUCCGGCAAGUCCAAGGCUAGCUCUGGAAGCAGGAUCCCAAUGCUCACUGACAUAGACAUGAGAGUCAAGAUGGGGAAAUCAGGCCUGUCAAAAGAUCUGAGCAUCUUUCACAAGUCAUCCAAAGGAGGUAAAAGUAAAAUGGGUACCAAAACAAAGCCUUCAGAUCCAUGCCUUAAAGGGAAAGGCCAGCGAAAAGCUCCUUAUUCUCCAGUGAGGUCAGAAAUCGGCAGCUAUUCCAACAACACAGAUUCCGAAGAGGAUGAAUCCCUGCAGGAUGGCUGGCCUCCCAGUUCCAUGUUGAGGAGAACAGGGCCACGUCCACAGCUCCCUGGCCUGUGCAGCACUCCGUCCAAGAAAAUGCGCUCGUCGUCCAAGAGAGCCUCUUCAUCUUCGUCAUCACUCAAGUCCAAGCAGGCAGCCAAAGAGAGGAAACAUAAGCACUUUGCUUUAUUGCUUCAGGAGGCAGGAGUCAGUUCUUCUGAGGACUCAUUUGACCAAGAGUAUUUCACCGAGCGGGAUGAUUAUGAGGAUGACGAUGAUGAAGACGAGUAUGACUAUGAGCUUGAAGAGAGCGACGGGUUGUGUUCGUCAUCCGUAGAGGAGAGCGGAUUGGGUCUUCUGGCCCGCUUUGCUGCCAGUGCCAUCCCAUGCCCCAUUGUCACUAAUCCCAUCUCCAUUGUCCAACUGGAGGCUAAACAAAAAGCCAAGAAAAAAGAGGAACGGCAAAGUCUUGUCGCUGCUUUUCCAAGCCCCUCGGGACUUGAAUUCCCAGGUACUGAGUUUGAGUUUACUGAUUCCGAGUGCGAUGUUAAGACAAGAAAAAAGUUCCCGUCUCUGUUGCACGGCAAACGGUCGGCUCCCGAGCUUCCUCUCUUGCCACCCGCCAGCGUCAUGCGUGACGACUCCAGCCCCAGCAAGCGUGGACGCAAGCCCAAGAAACCCAAAUCCCCCCGGGAGUUCAGUUUCGACCUCACUGCUGACGGAAGCGAAGACGAACAGUGGACCCGAAGAAGAAGCGAGCGCAUCUUCCUCCACGAUGCUGCCCAAGCCACCCCUGUCUCCCUGUCCAACAAAACUCCUCUUCUGCUCGCUCCCAAACCCGCACGCGGCCCCAAAGCGUCACCUCAUGGCCCCAAGGAGCUGGCUAGAGCCAAGGAGGUGAAAGACCCCAACAAGAAGAAGAGGAUUAAGGAGAGCCCCAUGAAUCUGCCCCCACCUCAGCUCUCCAGUACACCCUCUGAAAACUCUGGGGCACUUCCUGUCAGUCCAGGACGCAAGAGCAAAGUCAAGCCCAAAGCUAGAGAGGAAUUGGGCCAAAAUGUGCUUGAAUUCCUCCAGCAGGCCCGAGGGAAGGGCGGCGCUGUCAGUAAACUGAUGGAGAGUAUGGCUGCUGAUGAAGACUUUGAGCCCAACCAGGACAGCAGCUUCUCGGAGGAUGAGAAUCCCCCCAUGAGCGCCCAGCCUGAAAGACCCUCCACUCCCGCCCCCCGGAACUGUGUCAUUAACAAAGAUGAACUGCAGGAUGGCUUGCGGGUGCUCAUCCCUAUGGAUGACAAACUGCUAUAUGCCGGACACGUCAGCACCGUUCACUCUCCUGACAUAUACAGUGUGGUGGUGGAGGGCGAGAGGGGCAACAGGCCGCACAUCUACUGUCUGGAGCAGCUUCUACAAGAGGCUAUUAUUGAUGUGAAACCCCCCUCGGUCAGAUACCUUCCCCAGGGGACCAGAAUCGCAGCCUAUUGGAGCCAGCAGUACCGUUGUCUCUACCCUGGCACGGUUGUCAGAGGGAGUGCUGACGUGGAAGAAGUGGACGACUUGAUUACGGUGGAGUUCGAUGAUGGAGACACUGGCCGAAUCCCACUCUCGCAUAUUAGGCUGCUACCACCGGACUACAAGAUUCAGUGUGCCGAACCAUCCCCUGCCCUCCUUGUGGCCAGCACCAAAAGACGAGGAAGGAAGUGUAGUAAGGAUGUACCUGAGGGAAAAGAGACACCUCCAAAAAGCAUAGAGGAGACCGCUCCAAAAAGUAGAGGUCGAGGAAGGAAACCCAAACCCAAGCCUGAGCCUGAAGUCGCUCCAAACGAGCAUGAAAAGACUGACACACCGGCCCCAACACAGGUCCCUGAGAGGCCCCUGUCCAGCCAGAAAAGCAGCCUUCGGCCAGGUAGUAAAAUUAAGCAAGUCGGCACAGCUAGCUCCUCCAUCCCCGUAUCUAAUGAAAGCCAGAAGAAAACCGCUGGAAUCAAGCCCCCAGCCAAAGUACGUUCACAGCCGCUGUCUGUGUACUCUCCGCUGCUCUACGGAAAAGUUCUUUCUGUGGAUCUCUAUAAUGAGCCCUGUAUUUCUGUGGCCUCCUUUAUAUCCAACAAUGAAACGGAAAGUCCCGCCGGGAAAGAAAAGCCAGUCAAGCGCUUGCGAAAGGCUGAGGAGGAGACGUCAGGUUUUGGGCUAAAAAUGCAGCGCAAGCAACCUCAGACGGAGAUUCUUAUCAAGCUUGACCAUGAAGGAGUCAUGUCACCCAAGACGAAGAAGACCAAAGCCUUGAUGAUGAUGGAAGGCCAAAACCUCUCCAAAAGAGACAAUAAGUCUGUGAUGGGUGUUGGCUACACUACAGUGUCCGCUCCUGGAGCUCCUGACAAAACCCUGAAAUCUAAAACCAAGCCAGUUGAUGUUGAUCUCUCCGAGAGCGCAUCCACCUACAGCGUCCGUAAGCUGGGCAGCGAGGGUCUGAUAAAGGUGAAUGGCACUUCUGAGAAGGGAACGGAGUGUCACAACUGUAGUAGCAGUAGCAGCAGCAGCUCAGAGUCGGAAGGAGAAGAGGAGCGAGGGACCUCCCAGGACAAGAAGCCCAAACCAGACUCCACCAGCUCCAACAGCUCACGUGCAUCAAGCUUCACCUCCUCCAGCUCAUCCACCAGCAGCUCCUCAUCCUCAGCCGGAUCCUCCUCUUCAUCUUCAACAUCGUCUACCACCAGUGAUGAGGAAUCCUCCUGCAGCUCCGACGAAGAACCAGUGGCAGCAUCCCAAUCGUCUCCUGCAGAACAGACACCACCUAAAGACGAAGAGGAGAAGAUAAGUGCCAAAUCGGGGCCUCCAGCUAACCUCCAGAAACUUGAGAAGCAGCAGGCAUCUACAACAGAGCACCAGCAGCAAAAGCCCCAGAAGUUGAAGCAGGGUGUUGGCCGUCCCAAAAAACGAGAAGGAAUCCACCUCCCAACAACCAAGGAGCUGGCGAAAAGACAAAGACUACCAUCUGUAGAGAACAGACCCAAGAUUUCAGCUUUUCUUCCUGCCAGACAGUUGUGGAAGUGGUUUGGAAAGCCCACUCAGAGACGAGGAAUGAAAGGAAAAGCAAAGAAGCUUUUUUACAAAGCCAUAAUGCGUGGGAAGGAAAUGAUUUGUAUCGGCGACUGCGCCGUGUUCCUGUCUGCUGGACGACCCAACCUUCCCUUCAUCGGACACAUCCAGAGCAUGUGGGAGUCCUGGGGAAACAACAUGGUGGUCCGUGUCAAAUGGUUCUAUCAUCCAGAGGAAACCAACCCGGGAAAGAAACUUCAUGACAAAAAGAACUGGGAUCAGAUGUCUGGCCAAAGUCUUCCUACUGUUCUGCAGGCUUCCAACCAGAGGAAAGACUUCAUGGAGCGGGCUCUGUACCAGUCCUCUCACAUUGACGAAAAUGACGUUCAGACCAUUUCUCACAAAUGUCUGGUGGUUAGUCUUGAGCAGUAUGAACAGAUGAUUAAAACUAAGAAGUACCAGGACAGCGAGGAUCUCUACUACCUGGCAGGCACGUAUGAACCCACCACUGGAAUGAUAUUCAACACAGAUGGUGUUCCUGUCAUCUGCUGAGAAACAAAUGAGACGUGUGGAGCAAAAGGAGUGAAAUCGGAUACAAGAGCUAGACAGUUGUACUGGCUUUACUCAAAGCCCAACUAGAAGAAACUCUGACCGAGAUAAAUAUGUUGGAGGGUCCGUUUGAUUGCACGUCAUUUCAAACACAAGGUUUUCAUGGAAAUCGCUCAGUAUUGUAUUGUAACUAUACGUAUAUCGCAAUUGUGUUUGACCUGGAGCACCUUGUGUAUGCGUUGUUUUGAUCCACUGACCUGAUUGUGGUGGACGAACUGUGAUGGUCCUUCGACUUGAAGAAUCUCCAAGCUGAAGCGAGAAUGUGUCAAACAAAGUGAAAACGUGUCAGAAAGGUCAAUUGCAUCAGUACUGCAGUGUUCUUUUGUCCCACCCGUCACCGGUGCGCCUGGAAUGGAGGUGACACCAUUUCUACGGGACUCAUUGUGCAGGGUGAGAGGACCUGCAUAGAACCAGCUUCCUCUGCCCUUGGGCCAGCGUCCGGAAAGAGUAAUUUAACCUGACAGGCCCAUGUCACACUUGCCGUUCCUAUCCGUCCAGGGAGCUGUCGCUAGUAAAACCCUGCCAGAACUUCAAGGGACGGGGAUGGCUUAUGAAAUUGGAAAGAUAAUAUAACGCUAUAUGUAACGUGUUGGCCUGCGCGAGGAGUACUUAAAAGAAACAUCUCCCCCCGCUUCACAACCCAAGGACAGAACUGUGGUCUACGAGCCUUCGAGGACUGUUUAUUAACAGGAAAGUGUGAGUCACUUUUCCGCUAAGCAGACCAAAAGACCUAUGAUAAUAUUUAUGCGAGUCGUCUUUGCUCACCACCGAGGCGGUUUCUUUAUAUGAGUCAAGGGCUCUACUUGGACAGAACCGAUUCUGAAGUUGUGACCCAUUUGUAAAUACAUGCAUACAAGCUAUAUACGAUACGGACAAAUAUAUUUUAUUUUCUUGUACCAUAGAUUUAUGUGACAGUAAUUUUUUUAAAGAAGCAAAAGAUAAAAGAAGCUUUAAUAAACUGUGAAUAAAAUUUCAAAUACAAGUAUCAGGAACUAGGUUUAGAGUAAAGAUCUUGUAAGACGUUACUGGAACCUAUCUCAGAUGCCCACUACAUUGACGACAACGUAAUGUAAUGUUAUCUUGAUAUCAAUGCUACUAUUACAGGACAGAUAGUUUUGUGGGAUUUGACAGUGUUCAGAGCCAGUUUUCCCAUAAUGCAUUUUUACAACAGAAAGCACUUCAAUUCUGCCCCUUAGUCUUACAUGGGACAGACAUUUUGACAAUCCCAUUGCAGGUGGACUCUAAAUCUUCUCUCAUUGUGUCUCAGGGUCACUGAGAGAUGGAGAAUUUUAAAGCACCAUAUAAUCAGGCCGUGUCUAUUUUACUUGACUUUUCCCACUUUUGUAGAACUAUCCCCCCACUCUUCCCCACAGAAAGCAAUUACAUCUCAUGCAUGAAAGCACUUUCUUAGAGUAAACUAAUGGCAGAGCGAAUCAGAGUGGAGGCACAAGCGUUAUCUGUAUAUACCACAGUUGAAAGCCGUCAUGCCUUCCUGUGUUCUCUCGAUCUCAACUUUUAUGGCAGGAUUUUUCUGGUUCAUGGCCUUAAUAGCCUUAACCUUGGUCCCUAAAAGCUGCCACAUGCUGGCAAAAUCAAAGAAUAUUGUCUUUGAAAAUAUGUCCCGCUGAUUGAUAUUGUGUUCCCAAGAAAGUGCCAUCGCUCGAAAGAGUGCUGUUAGGACCAGACUACGUAUUCGCUGCUUCUCUAAUCAAGACCAGUCAAAUGUAUUUGAUUUGUGGCAUCAUUAUGUGCCCAACACCCUGUUGUUCAGCCUAGAAAAUGUGUUAUUUUCCUUAAUUGUGACUUCGGUUGUGCCUCAUUUAAAUGCUUCAGAGGAGGUAUGAAUGUCUUUUCAAGAUGUGUUAGUCAAAUGUUUAGGGUUUUUGGUUACGCAAAAAAAUUUGAAUGUUUUUUUUUUUUUUAAGUUGUAUGCUUACAUUGGUAUUCAUGACAUGUGGCUCCAAUUGAUUUCUGCAGUUGCCUUGUUCUCUGUAUGUUUACUUUUCUGUUUAUUUCUAGCCAAGUUUUGUAGCUUCAAUUUUCUUUCUACCUCCUACUUUGGUUCAGCAUUUCAUGAUACUUUUUAAACUCAUGAAAAAUAUGAUCAUUGCUAUUUUACGUCUAUUGCCACGAAUACUCCUCUGUCUCUGUGAAUGUAGGAUACUUCCUGAUUCUUUCUGUUGUUUUUAUGUUUUCCCCGUUUUUGGAGGGAGGCUGGAGAGAUCUAGAAGCGUACAGACACUAGAGACUUCCGGUCUGAACGUUUGGAACAUUUUUGGCCUACUCAGUAUUUCCAAAUUCCUUUAUAUUGUAGAAACGUGUUGACACUAUUACGUACGGCGAUAACGAUAAAUGUCGAAAUUGUUUUUUAUUCAUGUACCGUUCAAAUAACAUUGCCCAAUCUCUCUUAAAGAGAUGAUUUUUCUUGUUGAUAUUCAAUAGGUUGUAUUUUUAAUGUUUCGAGUGUUUGGUCUUGGGGUUUAAAGGUGUAUUCAGCCUAUUCCGACUGUUUUUCUAAGUCACCUAAUUUGGUUGAGAAUUGUCCACACACCCAAGCUAAUUCACAUGCCAAAUGAUUCUAAAAUGCACAGGAAAUCUAAUGCAACGCAUAAGUGAAUCGACACAAUCUUUGAAUUUAUUUUGUGUUGCCUGUUUAACCAGUUAAACCAAUUUAAGUGCCCCUGAAAAGAGCGUUUACUCCGAGCUUGAGUCAAGCUGUAAAGCACUUUUAGAGUAUUUUUGUCUGCAUGUUUUAGAAAUGGCAUAUAUGCUUCUUGGAAAAAUAAUAGAGCAAUCGGCAGAAAAAGUAUAUUUUGCUUAUUGUGAUGUGUAGUGUAAAGUGAACGGAGAUACGAGUCCAUCCUUUUUCCCCUUACGGUGACCUCUGCUGGUAGCACACGUGGAUUGAAUUGGUGAUGUACUCUGCUUCUUGUCCAGGGUCUGUUUGAGUGUCUUAUGAUGUUUAAGGUUUAACUGGCAUAUUACAGAAAACGGUGUAUAGCCGAAUAGAAGCUAAAUAGACUUCACUGUUGUUUGCAUGAUUCUGUUCAACCUUUUACUUUUUUGUUUUCUUUAUGACAUUCCCCCUCUCAGAACAAUGGCCCUCCAUGCUUAAUGUGCAAUACUGCUGAAUUUGGAUUCUGUGAGGUAGCUGCUAGUGAGGGAAGGAGUGUGUACAUGAAUGUGGGAGAUGAGAGAAAGUUAGUGUGGACUGGAGGCUGGUCCUUCACUGGUCUUCAUCUGCUGUUCCUUCAGCAUCGGUAAGGUCCUGUUUUGAUGAAAAAAGAUGAAAAAUUAUAGUUUUGAAAUUAUUAUUUGAAAUUUUAAAGCAUCAAGGUUUUGUAAAUGAUCCUUUUAUGAGAGGGGGAGAUAAGUAUGGAUAUACUUUGUACACAUUUAAUCUUGUAAAAAAAAAAUUUUUUUUAAUUAAACUGACAUUAAUGAUUGCUGUUGACUUGUGCGUAAACUUGAUGGGAUAUGAUUUGUAUUUUUUUACACACACAACCAGCAUUAUCAGUGUUUUUCGAUUCUUUUAGUAUCUCAGUAUUUUCUAGUUCAUCAAUAAACGUCAUGAAAUGAAAUUGGCUCUUUUGUUUUCUGU